GCAACUCCUCGAGACCCGACCUACGCCUCGCCGCCAGCGUGAAGUGAAGCAGUGAGAGCGCGCGACGGGCCUCCGCUGAAGGUGCGAGCAGCGGCGCCGGCCUACACGACGGCGCGCGAGGGUAUUAUACUCCCCGCCGGCUCCAUUCCCACCCAGCAUCAUCAUCACCACCACAUCAUCCCCUCCACCGCCGCAGCAUCCCCACCCGUAGUCCGCGAGUGACACAGCCAGCCGCCCCAGGCCCGCUGCACUGCACAACGCAACGCAACCUGGUUUGACUUUCCCUGCGCUCCGAGUCAGGCAGCGCAGCACAGCGGAGCCUCCACGCCCCUGGAAUCGCAGAGUCGCUGCGACCACGAAACCGUAAUGGACGUCGAAGCCGAGGGCGACAAGCAGCCGCCGCCGCCCACCAGCCUCGACGACGCUCCCAUGCACACCAUCACCGCCCACCAGCUACCCGCUCCCGACAACGAUGGCCGCCCGCGGACCUCAUACUCCGACACGGGCUUCUCCCGGCCCUACUCCCAGUCGGCAGACAACACGCCUGACCACCUGCAGAACGGCAAUGGCCUGAGCAGGCCGUCGUCCACCCAGAGCCAGGGUCAAUUCGGCGCCGAUGGCCAGCGGCAGCAAGCUCAGAAGAACUCGUCAGUGGUCAUCAAAGUCGGCAUGGUGGGCGACGCGCAGAUCGGCAAGACCAGUCUCAUGGUCAAGUACGUCGAGGGGAGCUGGGACGAGGACUACAUACAAACCCUGGGCGUCAACUUCAUGGAGAAGACAAUAUCGAUACGCAAUACCGAGAUCACAUUCUCAAUAUGGGAUUUGGGCGGUCAACGCGAAUUCGUCAACAUGCUCCCGCUCGUCUGCAACGAUGCAGUAGCCAUAUUAUUCAUGUUUGACCUCACGCGGAAGUCGACUCUCAACAGCAUCAAAGAGUGGUACCGACAGGGACGCGGCUUCAACAAGACCGCUAUCCCAUUCCUAGUCGGUACCAAAUACGAUCACUUCGUGAACUUCCCUCGAGAGGAGCAAGAAGAGAUCUCACAACAGGCCAAGCGAUUCGCAAAGGCCAUGAAAGCCAGCUUGAUCUUUUCGAGCACAAGUCACAGCAUCAAUGUGCAGAAGAUCUUCAAAAUCGUGCUAUCCAAAGCGUUCGACUUGCGAUGCACAAUACCCGAAAUCGAGAACGUGGGAGAGCCACUCUUGAUAUACCAGAGCACGUAGACCAAAGGCAGCGAAAUUCCGCUUUUACGCCGCCCUGCCCGCUGACAGAGAGGCUGGACCAUCCUGUCACGCACCACCACGCGCCUCGAGAAGAUAGGCGGUGGAUUGGCAUGACCUGGGCCACAAGCUGCCUGGGACGUCUCAAACACGCAUUGAACGGAGGACGACUUUUACAUGCUGAAAUGAGGAAAUGAGAAGAAGAAGGAGGGGAGACGCAAUUGUGCACUCGAGGAUCGAUGAUGCAAAGAAGGUGCCUGGGAGCGUAUUCAACUGCAUUAACAUUGGGGAAACACAGCACUGCCUUACUUACUAUUGAGUAAUUCCGUUUGUUCGAACAAAUGAACCACCAACCAGUGUUCCACAAAUAAUGCAGGCUAGUGGACAUUACUCCGCGUUUGCUGUUUCUUGG